GCUGGUUUUUACGUACGCAUCCCUUUUAACAUUAACGAGAGCUGGUUUUAGUCCUCAUUUGGCCGAGGGAAUUGGUUUUAGAUCGAUGAUUGGGCUUGUUUAUGGAAUUAUGGGGAGUAGAUUAUAGAAUAUAGACGCUCAAGUGGGUGUAGUGGCGGACUGAGCUUGUAUGAAGGUUUCAUGAAAUCAGGUAAAAAUCACAUCCAUAAUAUGUUUAGCGGGAUUUCGGGUCAAUUGAGCACAAAAUGAGUCAAUUUGAGUGACAAAUGCAUUUAUACCGGAAGAAGCAAGCAUUUUAUCAAGGUGAUUCAGAAGACAAAGUUGAAGAGCAAGAAAAGCCGCAUCUGCCAGACAAAAGUGGCCGAAGGCGCCCAAAUAGGCGCCCAAAAUGGAGGCCUUCGCGGCCGCCUACGGGAAAAUUCAGAAGUCAACCUCGCUUUGACUCGGGACCAGGAAAAGACCGAAGGCUGCCGACACUGGACAGAAGGCGGCCGCCUACGGUGGCCGCCUGCGGCACAAGGGGACGAAACCAACCACCGAUCGGCCAGACAAGACGGCAGGCGGCCAGACAGGACGGCAGGCGGCCGCCUGCUGGACCGCCUGCGGCGGCCGGGGUCCGCCGGGAUCCGUCGGGAUCCGAUCUGCCAACGAAAAGAUGGCAGGCGGCCAUUUUUGACAGAAGGCGGCCGCCCUCUGUGGCCGCCUACGGCUGACGGGACCGCCACCGACGGUCUGCCGGCGACAGGACGGCAGGCGGCCAGAGGCUGCCGGAAGGCGGCCGCCUGCCCGGGCGCCUACGGGAAUUUUUCGGCUAUAAAAUCCAGGCUUUUUCCUCAACUCAAAUACACCAAUUUCAAGCCCAAAUCAGAUCAAAAAGGGCGUCUUCUUCCUCUUCAAAGCUCGGAUUUCCACCAUUGUUGCACCUUCAACUUCAAUCUUUCAUAUCUUUCUCAUUUUAGC